GUCGAUUGAUUAUCCACGGUAUCGGGCAGCAUCCCACUUUACCCUCAUACGCUCAGCCGCACAAGUGCAGCGCGCAAGAUGCCAACGCCAUGUGUCAGGCUUCGCCAGCAUCAGCGGUACCUCAUCUCUCCCUCGCUUUUUAUCGUCCCUCUGAUUAUACUUGCUCAGAUCAGACUUUGUUGAGUAAGAUGCAAUGCGAACAAGGUCUGAAGGAGACCUUAACCGGCUUGCGUGACAUCGUUAUAGGUCUGAUUGCGGGGCUCCACCUUAAUGACCUGCCGAAACUAUGGGUCCUCACGCACAUUUGCGCUGUUCUUACAGAAGCCGAGCAACAGCCGAACAACCUGCCGAAGGACUUCCUCCACGAACUGCAGAUAUUGUGUCGGUGGCAGCAGGCACCUACGGGACACCCUCAUGAACAUUGCGAUAUUGACACGGAGGCCUGGCUCUGUUGUGCAGCACAAGAGCAUGCUAAUGACGGAUUCUGGAAAUACGCAUCGGCUUCCAUGGAUGAAAGAGAAGGCCUGCAGUACUUCCGAACGAGAGCCCCUCUCAAGCUGUUCAUGGAUUUUCAAGAGCAUGACUUACUUCAUAUCUUGGAGACUUCCGAGGGCAAAGAUGCGCUGGAGGACUUGCCACGUUCAAUUGCGAAUAGUCUCCACACAGCUCUAUCAAAAUACGCAAAGUGUGCUUGUCCGGGAUCUGAAGCCUCCUCCAGAAAGUCACGACAGCAUGAAGCCAGGCUAUGUCUGGUAGGGCGCCCAAACUGGACCGAUAGCUUUGCAAACAACGAUCUGCAUGUCUUCAGUUCAUCGACUGUCCAGGUAGACUCGUCGAUUUGCCAAUGGCAACAAUUGCGGAUCCAGAUUGCCCAUACAAGACCUCUACGGGAUCAAACAGGCGAGCUCACCCUAACUGGCACCAGUCCCGAGGAAAGAGAGACGGUGGACUUUCAUCGACGCCAAGCCAUGACCAGAGAAGUCGAAUCCGCAAUUCAGCCUGGGGGAGGCUUUUGCGAGCUGCUACGCAAAAGCUCUGGAUCUGUCAGGAUGAUUCUUCGUCUCAAAGAUCAGUCCCUCGCCUAUUUCGAUGGAGAAACACCGCAACAGAGGUUGAGAAACGAGCCGAGUAUAUCCUUGGCGGAAGUGAUGUCGCGCUACGCCCUGACAAGGAAGAUGAAGCUGGCACUUGCCUUUACAUUAGCGCGCUCAAUGUGGCAGUACUAUGACUCUGAAUGGACAAAGCGCGAAUGGUCAGCCGAGUCAAUACACUUCAUGACGGAGCUAAAAGCGCCCAACUGGCAAACAACGGUCAUCACUUGUCGGCCCUCGCUUAUGACUUCUUUCACCAACGUUGAGACACACAAGCUUGUGGAAGAGUAUGCCGAUUUACGACCCGUUUGUCACAAUUACCCACGAAUCCUUGCUCUGGGAUUGUUGCUGGUCAGGAUUGGUUGGGAUGACCACAUUCCAUUUACCAAUCAUUCCACAAGUCCUGCAAUGUCACAGCGCAAACUGAACGAUGAAUGUUCUGAGGGCCAUGACAUGUGCGAAGAGUCAAGCUGGCCGCGCCUUGGUCCUUGCGAUCCGGCUGGAGACAACAUCAGAAAGAGAUACAAGGCUGCCACCGAGGCAUGCUUUGACAACAAGGCUCUGAGGACUGCUUGUUCAAGGUACGCAUGCUGACACUUUCUACUCAUGCUACUGCCAUUGACCGUUCGCGUAGCCACUGCCAACGGAACGCAAUCAACUCUACCGGAAAACGAGAGCCGUGCUCAAGCUGUAUCACAUCGCGACGCAGAUAUCUGUUUGAGAAGGU